AUGGAAGCUGCCUGGGCAGCCGCUCAGACGCGACUGGCAGAGAUUCGUGCUCUCGGCUUGGGCAGCGGUCCCUCAAAGCGUACAAUUCGCGUUGGUCAGCUUGAUGCGGAGCUUCUUGACCAAGAGUUAGUGCAGCUUUUGCAAGAGCCGGUCGCCAAAGCACUCAAUUCACCACGGUGGACACCAGAACUCUCCCUUUUCAUUCGGAUGAUGCUAUAUAAGCUUUCCGUAUGGGACUCCGGCGCAACUUAUGGCGCAAAACUUCAGGACUUGCGAUACACAAUUCCUCGUUCUCCAAGCCGUCUGGCUCUUUCGCCUUCUGGCUUGCCGCGAAGGACAUUGCUGAUCCAUGCAUUCCUCACCGUCAUCGUUCCGUAUUUUCAUACCCGAAUUCGCUCCCACGCUCUAUCCCGAGCAUGGCCAGACGCACCUUCGUCAGAUCGGCGACGCAAAAUAUGGGACAUCCUCGUCUCUUUGGAGUCGGUUCAUGCACUAGUCGCACUGCUCAGUUUCGUUGCCUUCCUAUGGGACGGGAGGUUCCGGACUGUCACCGACCGCCUGCUAAAAAUGCGUCUUACUCCCUCAAGAAAGCUCAUCAAGCGCGAUGUUAGCUAUGAGUUUAUGAACCGCCAGAUGGUCUGGCACGCGUUCACGGAAUUCUUGCUCUUCCUCCUCCCUCUUCUCAACGCCAAGAGCCUACGACGAAGACUCUCGAGACUGAAAACUACCCUGACGCCAUCUUUCCUUCGUGGCACAACUGAAUCUAAACUUAAAACAACUAGAGGGAAGUACUGGUCGUUGCCCCAAGACCAGUGUGCCAUCUGUGCCGAAAACGCGUCCUUUAAUCUCAAUCUUGCGGACCCUACAAACGCUUUGACCUCCCUGACAACUUCCGUUGGCCCUUCAGAGGAUGGAGAACCCCCUCUUUACCCUAUCUAUACGCCAUAUGUUGCGUCUUGCGGGGAUGUGUUCUGUUACCAUUGCAUCGCCGAGCGUAUCAUGCGUGCAGCAGACGAAGAGGAUGGACAGAAAUGGGAAUGUCUCCGGUGUGGUCAACCGGUUGAGAGUGCAGACCGGUUAAUCGUUGAACCAACCGGCAGCGAUCACGAGCUCAGUGACUACGACUUUAGCAGCGAUAUCACUGAUUUGUCAAGCUCAAUGGUGUCCAUGGGCAGUUAUAGUGAAUCUGUAUUGUCUGAAUCCUAG